UGAAUGUGAGUUUUUUCGACCUCAUUCGAUUGCUUCGAGAGCAACGCCAAACUCUUCUAACAAAUGUUCAACAAUCUGUAGGGUCAUCCUGCAUAUCACAUUGAAUGACGAGGUUCAAAAGGUAUGCCGCAAUUCUUUGUAAAAUUUGAAGCUUUAUAUUAUAAUUUGCGAGUUAUGUCUGGAAUAUAAAUCUCGGUUCACUCCUCUUGUUCACUUUCGCUUUUGCAGACUGUAUAUCAUAGAAAAGCUUUAUUUAAGCUUAUUAUUAUGCUGUAGUUUGCUUUUCGUGUAUUUAGUGCUUUAUUGCAUGACAUCUAUCAUCUGUAACAAUCUCUUAAAUCAUUCUAAUAUGGCAGAAGGCCGUAUUCUUUUUCUCAAGACAUGUCAUGUCCGCUGGUCGAUCGGCUGUGUUCAUACAAAAAUAACUUAAGUGAAUAAUUUAUUCAUGGCUUAGCUCUCAUGCUCAUGUCACGCUCCUGUACCAUCGCAACUGUUUUUUAAUAAGGUAUCAAUCCAUACUUCGAAUUUGGAAUCUUAGAAAAACAAAAAUAGGUGAAGCAAAUGCGAUGGAAGAGGGUUUUCUUCGGCGGAUAAUGUGUCCACAAGAACAUCAAGAUCAAACUAUUUACGGUUUGAAAUGCAUUUCCCCGUCGCUUUACUUAUCGAUGGGAAUUAACUUCUCUUAUUUUGCUUUAUGAUCUUACUGAAAUAUAACAAAUUAAAUUACAGCAAAUGAAAUAAGUGGUAAAACUUUGUUGAGAUUUUUGUGGAUUAUGUUGUUUUGGGGACUGCAUUAUGCCCACGGUGAGCCAGACUGUCUUGUCGCAACCAGACGUCACGAACACGUCACGCAUGAACCACAGUGGAACCUCGAUUUAACGAAGUUCCAAGGGACUGGGGAAAUGUGUUCGUUAUAUCGAGGGUUCAUUAUAUCGAAAACCUCGAUUUUACGAAUUUUUGGAAAAAAGGGCAAUAUGUUCGUUAUAUAUCGAGGUAUAGUUGAUGAUUAAUUUCCAAUGCACAUUAUAUGGCCUUUACGGGGAUGUGCCCCUGGACAGGGAAUGGUUUUUGACCUCUCUGUCCUGAACAGGGUAUAUAAUUUUGCGCAAGUCUUUCCUAAUUAUUAACAGGAAUAAAUUUGUCUGUACUCCACUACACAAAAGCAAUGACUAUAAAGUGAAUUUAAUCUAUUGCAAUUGCCAAUAAAUGGCUGAAAAACAGGACAGUGUGCAUUUUGUCCUUUGUCCUUUACAAGGUAAUAAAUAUGAGGGUGUUGCCCUAAGCAGGGAAUGUAUUUUAGGAUUUUAUUUUGUCCUAAACAGGGUCAGGGUUUCAAACCCUCAGCGGCUCACCUAUACCCAAAUAAACAUAGGUCGACUACCCCCCGGGUAUGCAUGUUUACUUCUUAAGUAGCCAUUUUAUUCACAAAAGGUAACAAGGUAAUGGCACCCCCUCAAUAUUAAACGAGAAGAGAAAGAUGACCCUACCUCGCUAUUGUAGGCAAAUUCUUAUAAAACGUCAGUGUCUGUUUUUUUUUUUAACCCGGCUACACUGUACCUUAGGCAAUGUUAAAUGUUUAGCAUACUAGGCUUUUUACCCCCUCUCCUAGCCUGUGUAGUAGGCGCCGGUUUUGUUUUUGUGAGUUCUUUUUAGCACACGUAUCCGUUAUGCUGCUUUCAGUUUAGAUGGAUUUUGAACAAACCCAAGUUAUCAACGAUUUAGAGGAGAACGAAGAAGAAAAUGAAAAUGAAGAGGUAAUUUAAAGGAAAUGUAAAAUGAUAAACAUAUGGCACCAGGAUGAUCUGCCUUCUGGGACCGCCUGGUACUAGGAUCUAGCUCUCCCUCCCUCCACGUAAACAACCCGUAAUUGUUUGAGUACAAACAAACUAGCAUGUGUCAUUCGAUUGUGCUCCACGUUUUGGUAAGAUGUGCAAAAAUCAGGCUUUGUUUACAAAACUUUUCACGAAAACGUCGUUUUUUUUAUCACAAAUAAACAACAAAAUUUUCUUACCAUUAAAAAUGUCUAUUUCGUAUUUUAUGGCCGCUUUAGUUUUUUUCUGGACUAAUUAUAUUCGUUGAUCUCCUUUCUCCCAGGUUGCGCAUCUGAAAGUUUUUUCUCAGCAAGGGUUCAAAGGAGCAGUAUUUCCAAUUUUUAGAGGUAUGUUAUUUAUAUUUGUAUCAGUAUUUUUUUUUUGCUUUAACUGCAUAGCAAGCGUUUUAGCGCAGGUUCGUCAAGAAAGUUGGAACAAGAGCGAAAAAUAGAGAUAAAAGAGGACGGGAGAAGGGGAGAAAAGGAACGCUUGGCCGAAACUCCACGAUUCUGAAACUGCUUUCUCCCACGAACGCAGCUUGUGAUUGGUGCGGCGUGGGAGUGUUGAUUGAAAAGUGAAAGUUUUUCUCUUCUCCCCUCCCCCUCCCCCCUCUUCUUCCCAUUUUGGCUCUCGCUCGAACUUUCGCCCAAUACCUCGAUCGGAAGCCCUUGCUUAGACUUUCUCAAAGUCCUUCGCUUCUCAUUUCCGCUUUCGCUUCGCGCUCGUGACAAAAAUUUGAGCUCGAGUUGUAGGGAAGUCUAGCCCUUUCUAUGUCGGCUACCUCUACUUGUAUGAACUUUUGUAUUACAUUGCAAUAUCUUUUUUACACUUUCCUAUACUCUUUUUUGUACUUCUUUUGAUAGGAGAAAAUAUUAUUGGAAGGAGUGAAACAUGUAACAUAACCAUCCUAAAUGAGGUGAGACUUUGCCUUCUUGUACAAAGGUUGUCGAGUUAAUUAGUUGUCCGAUCUAAAACUGAGUCUCAUAUUUCGCUUAAGUGUCUACAAGGCUUUUGACUAUGGUCUCUCAAUAAAACGUGGAUAACUCUCCUUUCUAUCUAUUUAUUUACCCAGCAAAACUUUAAUAUCAAGCAACAAAUUGGGUGCUAAACUACUAUGACACUUGCAUUGAAUGAAGUCGUUUUUCUUCAUUUGCUAUAUUUUUUUGUGGAAUUUGCUUGAUAACGUCUCUUUUCCGUUGCUACCCUUAGACAUUGUCCGGUGCAAAGAAAAAAAGAACGAAAAACAAACAAACCAACAAAGAAACAUUUAACAAAACCAUAGCAACAACAAUAAAGAAAAAAAUCCGAUUUGCUCGCUUGCGUUUUCCGGCGAAUUGGAUUGCCAUCUAGUUAAACAUUGUUUUUACGUUGUCUGAUUCUACGUGCAACCGGACACAACAUCUCACAGCAUUUUUGGUCCUAGAAUGUUGGGCGUUGUAAGAUAGUGUCGGCAGUGCUGUGCAUUUCUUAGUUGCCCAAAGCCUCUGUUUCAAAGUGAGGCCAAGUGCAAUGCCUUUGAUAUGAAAGUGAUUUGUAUUCUCAUGCAAAUGAAACUCAUUAUCACAACAAAGGUUGUGCACUUAUUCUCGUUUUGAAAUUAAGCGUUUAAAGAAUCGAGCGACAGUACUGUGACACACGUGGUUGGUGUUCAAGAAGACCAUGUGUAAUGCGCCUGCGUGACCCUAACAAUGUUGGAAGCACUGUGCAAACGGAUCCAACGUUGUUACCUUACGCUUCGGGGGUCGCGGAACAAAAUGUUGGAGUGUUGGAAUGUUGGGAGCUGUUAGUUUCAAUCUUUGCGCAACAACUCUUAGCAAGACGCAACGACACGUUAUAGGGUGUGCAAUUGGACGCAAUGAUUAUGUAAUACCCAACAUUGUUGCGUUUGUUCGUGCGGAGCUUGAGACUACUGCGUUGGGCUAAAUUUUUUUACUUAUAAUUUGGUGUUACGACACUUUCGUCCACACGUAUCCGUUUUUGUUCGGAAACUGAGAUGUUUUACUUUGUUUUCCAAAAAAUCGGCGUCCACACGCUGCGUUUUUUAAUCGUUUUUGCCCUUCCACACGAAAACGCAAUAGUGACAGCACUGAUUGAUGGAAGCAUGCGCAUACACUGGUAACUGUGCUGGAUCCAACACCGUGAUGUAAUCGUUAGCUAAACGGCGUUUUCAAAGCUGUCCACUCUGGAGAGCGUUUUUGAAAAACUGCGUUUUCGGUGAUCGUUUUCACCCGGAUACGUGUGGACAGUAAGUAAAACUGGAGAAAAUACUCUCCAUUUUCAAACAAUUAAUAUAAAACAACUCCAUCCAAGAGUGAAUUAAAACGUUUAUUUUAUUAAACAUGUGUUUGAAAGACCUUGUCAAAGAAGCAUGCUUGCAUUUCUGUAAAUGCGGAAAGAAACCUUCAUCUCAUUCACGAUUGUCAAAGCACCAACGGAACAAAAAAAGGAAAGGUAUUGUGCAAUAGUUUAAUGUUUCACUAACAAUGUUUAAGUGAUCAAAUUGGUUGCAUAUCCACCUUGUUGUUCUUCGUCUUACGUCAUGAUCCCUGAUCGAGUUGGUUUUUAAGAAGAGUGGAAAACCUGAGUAGCCGAAGGAAAACCCGUCAGUUAAAGAAAAACAACCAACUGCAAAAAUUCCAUCCAUAUAGGCGUCGCCCGAAUCCGUAUAAGGGAGUUUUAGCAUCAAAGACGGCUACGGCAGCGAAAACGUCACUUUUAAAAUGAAUUAGCGUUUUUCAAACUUUAUCACGUUUUUUCCAAUUCACUGAAAAUGUAAAAUGUAGGCGAAUUUCCCUGGCGUUCAUUUUCUUGGGGACUGCACUCAAGUUUAGGAAGAGAAAGAAAAUUUCGUCGUCGCUUGUUUACGUCCUCCAUAAAACGUAAAAUUAGGCAAUUUCCCGUCGUAUUCUUGCAGCAACGGCAGAGAAAUGUACAAAAAAGCGUGAUGUACCUGCAAACUUGUUGUUUGCUUAAUAAACCUCUCGCUGUUUUGACGUUCUCGUUGUUGUCGCCGUCGUAGACUAUUAGGGACCUUACGAUCCAACAACGGCGACGUCCAUGAAAACGUCACUGAACAAUAGACUCCGCAUCCUUUCAAAGAAGGGAAUUUAGGUUGGAACUGAAGAGAGGGGGCCACGCCGAGUUCAGACAGAGAUGGUAGAAUUAAUCGCCUUGCCGUUCCCGUCCUCAAAAAAAACUUAAAAUUUGGUCAUAGUUGUGCAGCGACCGAAAAGAAAUGAACAAAAAAGCGUGAUGCACGUGCAGAGUUGUUGUUUUGCUAAUAACUAAACCUAUUGCUUUUUGACGUUGCUUUUGCCGUCACCGUCGUAGUUUCGUAAGGUUCAUUUUUUUAAUUAGAGAACGACAAAAACGUAAUAGGUUUAAUGAACCAAACGAAACUUUGCACGUGCCUUCACGCCAUUUUUGUACAUUUCUUUGCUGUCACUGCACGAAAACGACAUGAAAGUGCCUAAUUUCACGUUUGGUGGAGAACGUGAACACAAGAGAACGACUUUCUUUUUCUUUUCCUGAAUUUUGAACAGUCUUUAAAAAUUCAAAUCCUGAAAAAUUUGCCAAAUUUUGAAUUCAACGAGAUGGAAUAAGCGCGAUAAAGUUUGAAUUUGCGCGAAUUUACUUUUUAAGUGCCAUUUUGGUAGCCGUCGCAGUCGUUGUUGCUUAAGCUCCAUGUUGGUUGGAGGCGAGUGUUCUUGCUACUGAGCCAUACUUAAGUCUCACCAUUUACAUUCACUUCUGUAAUUUGUCUCUCAUUUAACAGUCUGAAAAUUAAUCAAAUUAGACACGAUUUGUUAAAAAUUGAUCUUCAAUGGAGGAUAAAAAUCCUUGGAACGGUUAUGGAAAAUCUUCCUUCCACAUCCUAAGUUAUCAAAUGUUCAGAUGUAGCAUAAUAUGCACUUCUCUAGCCACUUGGAUACCGCGACUGGCCCUCCCCUCCCCCCUCCAAACAAUGUUGGGAUGAAGAAACACCUUUAAGACAGGUACAGUGUUCAGGGGUGCACAAACUACAACAUUGCUUGGGGGAGAGGGGGAAAGGGGGAAAAAUUAAGAUAGAUCGUGUUAAUUGUCCUAAGAAUUUUGUUCUCCAUUUUUGAUUUAGUAACGUAUCAUUUUUAUCGAUCGGUUACUCGGGAAUCCUCCAACGACUCAAAAUUUUUAAUGUGAGGAAUCACAUGGUUUUGAUCGUACCUAGGAAAAUACGUUCAAUUUCUAAAUAAUUAUUGAGAUUGCUGGCAACAGUGCAGAGUAACUGUUCAGUGGAGGGAAGGUAUAGUUUGGGCAAAUUGCUCAUAUAUUUCAGUCAGUAUUUCAAAUAUAUUUGAUGUCUGGCUGGUUCAUGAUUAUUUUUGCAGUCUUUAUUGGUGCCUAUCUUACGAUAUGAACUUAAGCACGGUGAUAUGCUGACAUUUGGCAUUCUGGAAUGCCAGUACUUAGUAGGAGGCGAUGUAGAUAUGGUGAGUAAAAUAUAUUACGUCAGGUACUUGGUAGAUAGUUUAUCUGAGGGAUAUCUCGCAGCCUUAAGGCUGAAUUAUACGUUUGCAGAAGUUAGGAAAAACAUCAAAAUGUAUGAUGCUAGUGAUUUAAAAAUCAAUACUGCAGGACCAGAAAAACGACUGCUUUUGCAUCGAGGAACUGAGAACUUCCUAGGUCUUCAACUAAGAUAUUCACCUUCUAGCUAUACUUUAUGAAGUGUGUGAUCCGAUUUACUAGAAAUUUCAGGGAGUCGUUGAAGAAAAAUAUUCUUGCGUGGUGUAGUUAAGGCCAUCCAGACGUAUUGUGGCUAAGGCUUGUUGUUAUUUCGCACCCGGAAAGAUAAUUCUAGGAACGGGCCUUUCCUGACUGCUUUUUAGUCCCAGUUCUUUCUUGAGAUAUUUAGGAAAGAAAUAGUAAAAUAUCAGAACUGCGUAGUCUAACCCUUAUGCAUCUCACUUAGAACAGUGCUAGAUCAGUAUUUUUUGAGGCAUUUACUAGGUGUGUUGUAUUUGUUUAGUUUAAGAGUGAAGAAGAUGAAACUGUCUCGGAAUCGGAUUCAGAUUCCGUGCUCCCUGACGUAACGGUCGACUUAAACGUUAAAAAGGUAUUUCUAAUUAAUGUUACGUUUAAGUGAGUUAACGUAUAUAUUAUGUGCCAGCUUUAUCACUAACACGGUUACUAUUUUAUUAGGCGUGUAAAAACGCAGAGUUUGAGUCAGUUUCUUUUAGAGAUAAGGUGGUCGCAUUUAUGACUAAAAAGCCGGUUGUGAAAUUUUCAACUGAGGAUCUAAUUGUUUCUGAAGGACAGGGCAAGUGAGGCUGGUUCAGGCACAGAAUCAGAAUUAGCAAACCAAGAUGAGGACACAAGGGAGGAGCUUGAAACUAAUAUGGUGAGUUAUUUGUUUGUGUUUUGUUACAUUUAUGUCAGGGAGGGCUUUCUUGGUGUGCAGUGUACAGGCGACUCUCUCUUAACGGACACCUAGAGUUGGUCUCUUCUUUUCUUUACUCCCUUUAUUUGACUCUCUAAAAGACGGACAUCUUUCUCAGACGGACGUACACACAAAGGUGCCCGUCUUAGAGAGAGUUGAGACUAUACGUACCCGUUAAUUCUCAUGGCUAGAUACAAGGUACAUUAUUGUAAAUAUAUUAAUUUCUUCAGGACUUGAGAAGUGAAGCUGGAUCAGAGACGGAGUCAGAAUCGGUACUCCUACCUUUAAUCUCAACCCGUAUUCAGCAUAAAGUUGUUCUUCUUGUAGUGCUAACUGUAUUCGCCAUAGGUUUCUGAUUACAGUUCUUGCAUUAAAGCUCUUAAUUUGGGUGAGAAUACCCUUUCAGAUAGGAGAUAGUCCCUCAGCAGUCUUCUAUUUGUGCGUCAUUUUUCACAAAUGUGUUAGCGUAGCAUUUUAAGGUUAAAUUAGACCAGCGCUUUGUGAAGCGAGUUGUGUGGUCACGAAUGACUUCAAACUUUCAGAUAUAAAACUAGAGGGCUCUAACGCUUACUUGCUGAAGUUAGGGAAAAAUCCCUCAUGGGAUUUCGAAAUGAUUUUAUUUUUCUGUAAAAAUACAGUUUUAAAUAUAUGCCGAUAUCUCAAACGUUUUUAUUCCUACAAGAAAAUAAAUAACAUUGUCUUAAAGUUCCACUAUUCAUCAGUAAGGAUGCCAAAAACCAUACAAAUCCGUUAAACCUUUGCUACUCAGAAAUGCGAUUCAAAAACAUAACCAGGACGCAUGUAAAUAGGUUCGGGCCACCUACGUCAAAUAAACUGAUUAAAGAAAAGAAGGGGCCAUCUUUGGGUGUCUCUUUUACCGAGCUGUCCGUUUUAUAGAGGUGUCCGUUAAAAGAGAGUCGACCGUAUGGUUAAUGUAAUAAAGAAAUUUCUAAACUCAGCCAUGACACCACUCUCCUGUAACAAAAUCACGAAGGUAAUCUUUUGCUACGUUUUAUACCAUCCUAUGACACUGACAGCCGGGACAUCAUAACAAAGGAUCAACAGUUAUCCAUAUGACUUUGCAGUUUUGUUGCUUAGGCCUUGAGCCUUAAAAUCCAAAAACGUUAAUUGAAACAGCUGUAUACCCGUUUAAUUACAAUGGCUCGAAACAAGGUGCAUUUUUAAAACGAAUUAUUUCGUUAAGGAUGGUGGAAGUGAAGGUGACUCGGAGACGGAAUCAGAAUCGGCACUUCCUCAGGAAAGCGCGAAGGACGAACUUGAAAUGAAUGUGGUAAGUAAGUUGCUUGUGUUUUGCUGUAUUAAUUGUAGUCCAAACUGUUUUAGGAUGUAGAGUGACAGCACUUGAUAUUUCAAAAUUGUUGUACGUAAAGGCUCGUGAAAUUUGAAACAAUUUUGAAAUAUCUCGAGUGGUAUUUAUGCCAAAUUGCACGUACAAAUCCUGCUAUUAUUUGUUUAUACUACUACCCGCAAAAGGUUUGUAAUUUUCACAUGUAGGUAUUUCAAAUUAAGCUGAAAUACCACUGCUCUAAGCCAAUCAAAUUACAGAAAUUUCUCAUGUAGUAGUAUAAUGUAUAAUGAAUUGUUCUAUUAAGGACGAGGCAAGUGAGGCUGGCUCAGAAACAGGAUCAGAAUCGAUACUUCCAGAUGCCAGCAUAAAUUUAAGGGAGGAACUAGAAAGUGAGAAGGUGAGUGACUUUUUGAGGUUUUCACUAGAUGUAUAUCAGGCGGGCUUCUCAGGUAGGAAUGGAUGUGAAAACGAUGGGUAAAAUUUAUAACUCGUGACCUUGAAAAAGAAAAAUCCUGUCAUUGUCUGGUUAGGUCCAGGUGGUCUUUUGGAAAACAAUGUUAUUCGGUUGAAUUCUUCUUCUUCUUUUCAUCAUCGUCAUCGUCAUUAUCAUCAUCAUCAGCAGCAGCAGCAUCGGCAUCAUUGUCGUCGUCGUCAUCAUCGUCAUCAAUGUUAUUGUUACGGUUUUAAAGUGAUUAACUUGGCACAAAAGCUAUUUGCUAAUAAGGUUAUUUCCUUUUCUGUUGACCAAAAAAAGACUAUCGUUUUAGCUAAUAUGGAAUACUUAAGAAAUGUUAUAAUGAGUUGUUUUAUAACGUGUGUGUGACAUACUAUACAGGCCUACUUUACUUUCUGGUUAAGGGCAUUAUCUUCAAUUUGAUCGCAUGUUCAGAAGAUCAUAAUCGUAUCCCUGUGCAAUUAAGCACGCACGCGCAAGUAACCGAAAAACAUGACGGUCCUAAGACAGUCCUGAAAGUCUCGUACUCUAGCAAAUGUUUUCGCCGGCAGUUGAGAAGAAGAACAGUCUCAGAUUCUUCAAAUAUCAACACUUAUUUUCGGUUCAUUUAGACAUGCGACUUUUUUUACGCUUGUAUAUGUACCCCAGGGCCGAGUUAUUCAAAAGGAGGAUAGCGCCGCUAUCCAAUAGAUAGGUAUUUGGAAAACCAGUUUCGUUAUCCACUGGAUAGAGAACAACUGGGGUGUGAAGGCCAACAAAUAAACCAUUCGAGGCUAGAAAAUCCACUUUUCAUCUUGCCUGAUUGUAUUACAAAUACAGGUUAUUUAUGCCACUGCUAUUUUUCAAUUUAUUUGUAUGUAAGGACGAGGAAGAUGAAACUUCUUCCGAAACAGGAUCAGACACAAUACUCAAGCACAUCACUAGCGAGAAAAACCUGGACGAUGAUGUGGUAUGUAACCUCAUUUAAACUUUCGUGAAACGCAACCUAAAAAUUAAAAGUGCUGAAAUAAACUUUUCUGAAUUUCUUGGUCUAGGUGUAUGACGUAUUUGUCUGCGUUGAUUUGUACAUGUUACUUUUUUACAUACGCUUCUGUUGACGCUAUCAUAUGGUCCUCUGAAGGUCGAUAAAGCGACUAUUUGAGCCCAGAGAAUCCUCUGUUCUCCUAGUCUGAUUCCAUUGCAAGGUAUUUAUGUCGCUAUUUUUCUUCAGUGUAUUUGUAUUUUGUAUGUAAAGGACAAAGGAGUUGACACUGCUUCAGAAACAGGAUCAGAUACCACGCUUCAACACAUUGCUAGCAAGGAAGACCGGGACAAUGAUGUAGUAAGUAGCCUGAUAUGAAUUUCAUUACCAAGUAGUGCUCAGGGUAGUGCUAAUAUGAAUCUGAAUUUGCAUUGUGAUAGUUUCAAUUCUACUACUUAGUUAUGUAUCAUGUAACGUGGACCAGGAGCCGAUUUACGGGAGAUGUCACAUAAAGCUGAUCGACAGUACUUUUUGUAUUGAUGUUUUUAGCAGAAGAACUGACGGAAGAACUGCAAUACAAAAUACGUUAACUGAAGAGCUGCAAUACAAAACUGUUACUCCAUUUUGGGGUUGGGUGUGGGCCUGACUACCUAACUUUUAAAGGCCCAUUGUCAACCUUGAUGCAACGCGGUCGUUAGUUUUUGUUUUGAGAUCGCGCUAUUGAGAAUGGCGCGCUCUGGUUGGUCAACACUUUUGCCAGGCUUUCUUGCCAAAAGACAAAAUAGUCAGUGCUAGUCAGCUGUGGUCGCGUCGGCGUUAUGUCUUUCCUCAUCUGACAAAUGGUUCCAUAAUUCGCCCGCAAAGUCAGUAAAUAUGUAUUAUUUCUCAUGGAAGUGGAUGAGUUUCUUUCAGGUUUACCUGAAAGGAACGUGUACAACUCCGUGAGAUGCCGAGAUAAUGUGACAAAAUAUACACGAUCAUUCAAGUUUAUAACAUGUAAGCCACCGUGAAUGUGCAAGGAACCGUUUUUAUUUUUCAAUCAGAUCUGUGCUAGAUGAUGGCAUUUUGAACAGGCAAAGUUUAUUGAAUGUAUUCUCACGGCUACCAAAAGCGUUUGAUACUUACAUACCAAAAGGUCAAAACAUAAGCUUAACUUGUUCGGGAAACUUGUUGAAUAUUAUACCUUAGUCUUGAAUAAAACUUGUAACGAUAAUCCAAUGUUAUGAAAGCAAAGAAGGCUACUCAGGAGAAAAUGUACCGUGAAAAUUCAUGAGGUGAAGGCAAACAACGCUUAGGAGAAUUAUAUAUAAUAAGCUCACAUUUUUUUACAGGUUCGUCGCAAACGGCUCGGGUGAAAGAAGUGCUUUGGAACAGUAGCGCGGCUGACAAUUGUUUUGAACGGAUAGCCCGAGCCGUUCGAACGGAUGACGAUUUUUUCGAACGAACAGCCCGAGGCGUUCGAAAGGAUGACAAUUUUUCUCGAACGUAUAGCCUGAGACAUUCGAAAGGAUGACAUUUCUUUUUCGAACGGACAGCCUUAGCCGUUCGGACGGAUACCAAAUCUUUGGAAAAGCCUUUUACAACUAUCAGUAAUUUCGUGUAACCUGAAAUUCGCUGGAUUUGUGUUAGCGUCGCGCAAUGCGUCAAGGUUAGCAAUGGGCCUUUAAAAAGUCACUGUCAUGGAAACAAGAACUAUAGACCAUUGGGAAGAUCUUGUGUCUGUCCCGCUAUGCGCCAGUUGGUGCGAAGGACAGUGAUGAUGAUUCGCCACCCCUAAUAAUGAUUAUCGUUCGUGGCAAAUUUUUUUUUUCUUUUCAUUGGCUGAGAGCCCACCACGUGACCUGCAAAUAACUGCCCACAAAUAAUGGUCGGCUCAUUUGCAAUGUCGUCCAACUGUGUUUGGCUGGAAAUAAUAUUCUGCUCAUACGUAAACCACGCCUUCUUGCGAUCACUCUUGCGUGGAAAUGGCAGAUCACUUCGCUUCCCGAAGAUAUUCAUUAAAAACAAACUCGGUGAUCGCAUGAUAAAAUAAUUAUUGAACUCGAUCAUCACAAAAUAUCAAAUCACGAUAUUUUGCUCAACCUCGUCCACUAAUUGUUAAUCAGGGCUGGACCUUAUUUCAAGAAGACCCGUCGGAGUAGCAAAUUUAGCGGUCUAGGAUUGAUUUUUGCUAUAACCUUUAGCUGAAUUUGUUUCUCGGUCUUUUAGAAUUCAAAUUCUCGGUCAUGCUUGUGACUCCUGCUAGUUGGGUUUUUGUGUGUUGCAUUUGUAUUUAUUUGUUUCGGAUUAUUUGAGCGAAGCGGCUGUAUACUAAGUACAUCAGCUAAGUGUAUUUCACUAGAAACAAAGCAUUUACCUUCCUCUUAUUUUAUGAAAUUUUCGCGACUUUCUAGUCUGUCAUUAUUCAUCACAUGUCGGUUUUGCGCGAAGAUUCAAACAUGAUAAUCCUAAGUGGUAACAUUUCAGGGAAACGCUUUGCUUUCAUUUUAUUGUUGUUGGUUAUUCAUUGUUUAAGGAAAGUUCGCCGGAAAUGAGCCAGGACUGCAAAUGGUGUUCACGGUCUCGUUUCAUGAGAAAAUUGCUACCAGACUAUGUAAAUAAACCUCUUUGUGAAUGGCAUGAAGUGUUGCUGGAUCUUUGCUAUUGUUUUAACUGUGUUCAAGAAUAUCACAGGCUCGCGGAGGAAUUAAUAGAGCAGAAGUCAGAACUCAAAAAAGUAAGUAGUAUUUUGUCUACUGAAUUACGCUACAUCAAUUGUCUGGAGUUAAAAAUCCCUUAUUGUGAUUGGUAAAUGGCUUGGACCCUUACUUUUGGGAAAAACCGGCAGACUGAGUUAUUGACUUAAAUUGCGCGUUUUGCAUUGAUUAUGCUCACACAAUGUUGUAGCGCACAUGAUAAGCCAACCACAUAAAGGAUUCGGGAGAGAAAUUUUCCUUGCGGGAACAGCGCGGGAAAUCCCGAGCGGGGCAAUCUUACCGACUCCGUUGGCAAUUCAGAACGCAGCAUUCGCUUCAUCUUGCGCGCUCGCGGAUUCAGCCAUUUACUAAACUGGAUUAUUGCCUGGUUACCCGCAGAAGAUUAAUCUGGAAUGUUGCUGUCUAUUUUUGUUAUUGUUGUUGUUUGACGUAAGUUUAACUUGCAUGCCCCAGUGAAUUCAUGAUGAAAGACUCUUUUAGUUGUAUACAGUGCGCAGUAGCAGCAAUGGCGCGAUCACAAAAGCUACGUAUUGUGUUGCCGUACUCAACUUAAUAUUUCGCUUUAGAACUUCCAGAAGUUGGAUAUCGACCGGCUCACUCAAGCAAUAACACAAGCCUUAGCAAAUGCGGUCGAUAAAAAGUUGUUUGAUCCGUCAUUACAGGUUUGUUUGUUUGUUUUUAACCUAUUACCAUCUUGUUUAAUAGCACUCGUAACUAGAAAUAAAAGCCCCCUUUGCUAAGAGACUAACAGAUUGGAACAGAACAACAUCGAUCGGUGAUAGCGCGUUAGUUUUGCUGACGUCAAACUGAGAAAGCAGUGCCUGAAGGUGCUAUAGACGACAAUUUUUUUUCUGGUACAUAGUAUUCCUACGCUUCGUGGUUUGCUGUUUUCCUAUUAUCAGGCCUUCUCUUGGCGUAACUUUAUAAUAUUUUUUUGCAAAGGAUGCUGUCAAGAGGUUGCAAGUUCACCUCAUGGAGCUGUUGCGCUACCCAUAUCUUCUACAUCGUGCAUGUCUGGCUGACCUGUUUAUCAAGGGAAUUAUCACUCUUAACCAGUGCGGUUCUCCACUGAGGCCGGAAGAAAAGCUACCGGGUGCAUAUCUACUGCUGGUUCACCCUGAUAUAAAGGUUGGAGCAAAUCAAGCGAUCUUAGUUUUCUUUUACAUUGUUCAAUAAAAUAAUGUUAACAAGAAGUGUCUCAGACAAAGCUAAAACCAUCUACACUUACUUUGAGUCACAUACGUCCCUAAUUCCCCAAUUACCUCCUAUCCAAAACUUCAAUGGUCAUCUCAUGAUCAAUAUUUUACAUUUAUUUCCAGAUUCGUGCUUGGGCAGUUAGAUGUGUGAGAGACUUGGGUCUUAUCAGUCCGGAUGAUUAUGAUCUCCUGGCUAACGUUAUUGGGUGGAUGAUAAAUGUUGUUCAGUUCAACUUGUUUGAAAACAUAGAUGAAUUAUCACCAGAGAACACAGAUGCUGAAUUACCUUUCGAUUUUUUACCUCCUCAUCUAUUCAUAUCGCUUACCAGAAGAGAGUAUUGGCUGGGUUUAUUUGUCUUGCUGCGGCAGAUGGAUGUCUCAACGGUGAGGACACGCUUCACUGAUUCUACUGAGCAUGCAACGUUCCUGGGAACAGUGUUGUCGUUAAUGGGAACUGAAAUAAGAGGUAAUCUUAUCUACUUCGAUUUGUUUACGUUCAUUGCUUUAUUAGGCUAUUAUCAUCAUUCACCAACUCGGAAGGCCCUACAUAUCAUUUAUAUAUUGGUGUCCGCAAUGACGUCAUCAAGCACCAACAAACUUGGUCCGUUGAUUUGACUGUUUUUUGGAGCCGUAUUGGCGAUCAGGAAAUUGUUUUGGCGAUGAUUUCGACGGCAAAAGUAUUUUAAAGAGAAUAUUGAAGCAACUGGACCAGAAGUUUCAAAAUAAGUGCAAAAAUCGAGGUAAAAGGACAUUUGUCAGUGCGUCUCACUGACGACUUUGCUUAGGUCGCCGGUUAUGCCUGUUUGUAAGAAGUGCAAGGGUUUGCGAGAUAUGUAUUUAUAGUAAUUUAAUCGAAUUGUUGAAAAUAGCAUCUUCUUUAUUUGUAGAGGAGGGUGCUUUCUGGCCAAUGUUGCAGUGUUUCGUGGUUUUGCUUGAAAGGCUAGAAAACGGAAUUUGGCAAUUAUCAUCUCUUGAUUUCAAACCCGAUGUCCUGUUUAACUUCAUAACAACACAUUGCGUCUUCACCAAGUAUAUCCAACUAUGGCAGGAUGAGAAUGAACUACUCUGCCGACAAGACGACGUACAAGAGAUAUCGAGCAGAGAUUUCAUGAGAACUGAGGGGGUGUCUUCUUCCCACCUUUCCAAUGGCCGUUUUCGUAACACAGCGUUAGCGUGGCUAUAUCCUUUUGUUCAGUCCCUUCUUGACUUUGAUACUGGUGGAGAUAACAUAUCUGAGGUUAUCAGAUAUCUUCAUAAUAUGGCAGGUUAGAGGCAUCUUCGAUUGUUGCUGUAGCCCUAUAAUAAUUUCUUUACGUUAUGUCGCAUGGAUUUUACUUUAAACACCAUUUGGACUAGACCAUCCUCCUUGCAAUUUCAUGAGAAGCGUGCUAACAUGGAGUCGUAGUGCACAGGUCAUCAUCCCUUUAUGAAAGUUAUACGGGUCUUUCCAAAGAAUUUGGCGAAAGGAAACCAAAAGAGAAUGAGCGGAGAGAUCGAAUCCCCAAUACAUCACCCUCUCAUUUUAAAUGUAGUACGUAACAUUUUCUAAGCGCCCUUGUCGCGUUUAUCUCUCUCCUGCAAAGUCUUAAAUUCCUGUCUUACUUGUUCCGACUUUAAUUUGCCUUUUAUAACAAAUUCUGGAUGGGACAAUUGCAUGCCUAGAUGUGCGACAUUUUUCUUGUGGUAGUGAGAUAUUAAGUGGGAAACAAAGGCGAAAAAAACCUCCAAAUAUUGCCCAGAGAUGCCCAUUUGCACAAGAGUCAAAUAACAAUGUGUUGGCCGUUUUUUGUGCUAUGGACGCAUGGUCCGAAGUCUUCCAGAUAAAAGACGGGUCUCGGGUCAAUGACCCGACAAAGAAGGCUUCCUUACCCGACAGAUGACAUAUAAGUCUUAAGUUAAAUAUAACGAAAAAAAUUAGCACGUGGUCUUGGUGACCCCUCAGAUGGUCUACAUGAUCCCCCGCUUGAAAGAAUUAACUGGAACGCUGGAUCCGUCGUGGGUGAACGUGGGCAUGCGCAAGAGUUUGAUCUUGUAACGUCCAUCUAGUAUGAAGUCCUCUUUAGUAUAAUAGUGACAAUUGCCGAUGUCAUCGGAAACCUGAAAGAGAAAAAUAGCUAGACAACCAAUGGUCUCUACUAACUCUAGUAUGCCGUCUUUACCACAAAAGAUCCUUGUGGGAAGCUUGGUCGACAAAAGAGAUGGAUUUAUUUUAAAAGCUUGUAUUCUAACAUGAUUUACGUAAUAUAUUGACACAGUAUUUGUCCUGAAAAGUAAAGUCUAGUCCAUUUCAUUUCAGCUACCUGUUCUCUUCAAAACACAUUCAAACAAAGGGUUUUAUCUUCCUUAUUGAACAUUAUUGAUCACUUGCUGACCAAGCGAUCUUCACUCCUGCUCCCUACCGUUCGUAUCUGGGCCAGUGAUCUGGUGGAUAUAGCAGUUUGUGGAUCAUUAGAUAACAGGGUAAAACGAAUUGUUCCUAACUUUUUUAACACCGUAAAGAUAUUGCAACCUCUUUUUGCCAUGUAAAUUCGUGCCAAAAUGUUAAAUGGCUUGCAUCAAGAUACGCUGUCGUAAAGUCUCUUCUUCUUUAAAGCAAGAUUCUACUGACCCAUCUAGGAGAGUCCCUCUUCCUUCCCUGUAGACAUGUCUUAACAUUAUCAGAGAUUUGAAUCUAUUAGCAUCCUGACUAGUUUGUAAAUGUUUUCAAUAUUAACUUCGACUUUGGUACAUUAUAAUUUUAUUAUGCGAAUCAAACCUACUCUAAACGAUUCCUCAGUAAAUGAGAACUUUAAAAAGUGACGUCAUUGAACUCGUCUUUUUCUAGCUUGUGGAUCUGACCCAAAGACUGCUUCAGCAGAUUUUAAAAGUCGAUUUCCCUGGACCAGCAAAUCUGUCUCCAGAAAAUAAACAGCAAAUCAUCUCACUUCUGGUUCAGACUUUUCAGGUAGUUAUUAUUUUACCUUUGGCCUCCUCAUGUUGCUCUGUGGGGCCUCUAGGCUCUCUGACUAGUAGUAGCAAAAACCGAUUUCCAGAGAAAACGGAAAUUGGAUAACCUUGUAUUUUUCCCUCAUUUUUUCAUCCAAGUGACGUAUGGUAGCUCAGCGUUAGCUAGAAACAACGUGAUUUCAUUAUUGUACAAUUGUAAAGCUCACUAUGACUAAGUUUCCCGGGGUGAAUUUGAUCAAAAUUUUUACAGGUGUAGUUUACAGUUGUGGCUGUUGUUUUCUGACUCUAAAGCAAUAGCCAAUUCUUUACAGUAAAAGGUUGUUAUCCCCUCAUAGGUCCCCCCAAAGGCCUUGUGAUUUACCAAAGAAAUCAUGACAAAGGAAAACUUGUACCAUUUAUCCCUUUCCAAAACAACAAAGCUUUACGACACAUUAAAUAGUUUAAAUAUCAUUUUCAAUUUGCCAAACAGUCUUUCUGUUUUUUUUUUUCCAAAUUUUAUGACCGUGUAUGUUCUUUCCGCUUUUAUGAUUGUCAUUUUCUUGGUAGAAUCAGCAACUACAGACUCCAGAGGUUACUGCGCCUCUGAAGGAAAUGAAAUUUUACCAAACAAACGAUCUGGACAGUGAAUUCCAACAAGAAAACACCGAUCUUGCUCUUCAAUCCUCGAGAAAGCGUAGUCGAGUAUCAAGUUCUGAAGAUGACAGCAGUGAAAAAGAGCACUCAGUUCCAAUUAAACGGUAAAACGAAUACUUGUCAUUUAGCUUCAUUUGCGCAUUACCGGUUAGUACAAACAAUAUUAAAAGGUUGAUCAACUACCUCUUCCCAGUAGCACGAAGGACGCAUAUCGCAUGGUAUUUACCUGAUAGUAGUGGCCUAGUUUCAAGGAAUGUGUUAGGCUGAGGUGUGGUUCAGGGUUUUUGAUGAUAGCCUCUCACCGCGCCCCUCGCCGCUCUCAGCCUUUUGUUGAUAGCCCAGUUCGAAGUCUAACUUUAGGAAAUAAAAUUUAGUGGCAGGUGAACGUUUGACUGAAAUGAAUAGGUAGGUUUUGUAUUCUCUGUUAGGUCAAAAAAGGCUUUGCAAAUGAAAGAAAGCGCUACGGAAGAGGGCAACUUGGUAAACAUUCCCAGAAUUAGCAAAGCAAUGGUUGCUGAAGGUGACGAUGAAAGUACAGAUGAAUGCAUAGACGAAGACUGGGAAAAUAAACCCAAAAGGAUGUUUAAGCUGGAAAGCGGUAAGCUGCUUUUGGAAUCUGAUAGAAUGGCAACUAAGCCAGUAUCGUAAUGUACCUUCUAUUUGUAGUAAAAUAAGCCAAGGUUUCAGUUGUUAACUUUCCAGACACAUGAUUUGCAAUUGCACUUAAGGCCUAAGUUAACUGUCAAAUUUCACAUAUGGUGAACGUAAUGAACAGGAAUACAUUUUGCUCACUAGCAUUAGGUUACAUACGUGAGAAAGGUUGGCAUGUGAUUCCAGCCUAAAUUUGCCCAAGUUUUGAUUAAAUGUAAAAGAGUUCAUAUAAAACGAUUACAUAUGUUGUUCUCACCACCAGGGACUACUUCAGAACAACCAGUAAUCGUAGAUUUGUCGAAUGAAGAGAACAGCAAAAUGCCUGAACGGCAAAAGUCAGUCUUACAAGAACGACAAACCGAUAUUGGAGAUGCGUGCUCAAGUAAUAAAAACGCUGAUGAAUUUGAUGAGGAAAGUUUACUUGAAAUGAUGGGUAAACCCGACUCCCCUUCAAUAGAGUGUGAAUUAAAUGUACGCUCUGGAAAUCAUGAUGGGCCAACUCUUGAUUAUGUUUCCAUCAAAGAAGAGUUCUCGAAUGGGAUGUAUGGCUCAGAUGAGAAGCCUUUCACCUCUACCCUGAAAAGCACAGUGGCAAAUUCAAGUAAUAAAAACGCUGAUGAAUUUGAUGAGGAAAGUUUACUUGAAAGGAUGGAUAAACCCGACUCCCCUUCAAUAGAGUGUGAAUUAAAUGUAAGCUCUGGAAAUCAUGAUGGGCCAACUCUUGAUUAUGUUUCCAUCAGAGAAGAGUUCUCGAAUGGGAUGUAUGGCUCAGAUGAGAAGCCUUUCACCUCUACCCUGAAAAGCGCAGUGGCAAAUUCGGCUUUGCCUUUUGACGCUUUUUUUCAUAAAGCAAAGGUGGAAACGGCGGAAAAUGAAUUCGACACUGUUUUAUAUCCUGAAAUAAAAGAUAUCGCAGCUAAAGUGGGCGAUGAUGUCAAUAGUGGGCAGUCAGGUCGUGAGGUCGGUGCAACAGGAUUUGUUGAUUUACCGCAGGAUUUGCCGAUCAAUGUUGACGCCACCGCAAGUGCGUGUCAGAUGGUACAAGGAGACGAGCAGAUUGGAAGGGAUCCGUCAUUCAAAGACGACAAUUACAAAGGAUACAGCAAUUUGAUUCUGAAUCUACACGGCGAUGCUCUUUCAAGCUUAGAAGAAGAUCUUGAAGACAUAUACAGCACUCAAAGCGACAUCGAGGAAGAGAUCAACGCCAUUCCUCGCGAUACGGACGUUCAAGCUGAAUCUGUAAGCAGAUUAUGUGUUAAUCAGUUCCAUGAAGAAGCUCCCGGUGAAACUCAUCUGUCUGGAAAACACGUGAAACAUGCAUCAUUUGCCGAUGACAAAAAUCCAAUUAAAGACACUUUCAUUUCCGCUCGGCAGGCACCUGCAGCAGCUAUCACAACGCCACGAAAAGGCCUUAGAGAAGAAGAGUUUUUCCGCACGAUUCUUCGAUUGAAUGUUGCGGAUCUUGUUUACCCAGAACGAAAUGGAAGAGCUCACGGCCCACCCCGAGAACUGCCCUCUGUUUCUGGGCCAGUCAAAACGUGUUUUGAUUCCAUUGAUCAGUAUUAUGACACUUUCAAACCUUUGUUUUUCUUAGAAAUUUGGGAGAAGGUAGGUUUGCUUUCACACUGUUGAGUUGAAGUUAUCGUUUUGUAGGGGAACAUAGCUGUCACUAGUACUACCUGCCUUUUCAUAAAAUUGCCAUAUUCAGUUGUCGGUUGACAACAGUAAGCUAUUGGACAUUUUGCAUCUAAACAUCACUUCAUGAAAGAGACUUUUUAGGCAGGACAUGCUUCCUGAUUAGCGUGUUGAGUAUAGUAUACCAAUCAACCCACGCAUAAAGUUAGUGCGUUGAACUUAUGUGAAGUUUACAGUCCAUUUUCCAAAAGCUGGUAAGCUGAAAUUGUCGCUUUAUAAAUGAUGAGCACCAAUUAACAAAACCUGACGCAGAUACAAACAACGCUUCUAGGCUUGCCAGCUUAAACGAGUUCAAGACAUCUGACGUCCUCUUUAGUGGUAACGAAUAAUAGUAGCUUACUUGACUGUAAGUAGGGAAUCCGAGACUUACGCUGUAAGGCUGCAUUGUCUUUUGUUUAGAUUUCUAACCGUUGGAGAGACAAAAAGGUGGAUAAGAAGCGAGUGGUCAUGGAGGUUUUAGACGGAAGCACGUCUAACAGCAUUAUUCCAUGCAGUGGUUUCAUAACCGACCAGCAAGAAAGAAAAGCGUUGUUCCCGAUACAGAGAGAUUUGGUGGUUGUGAAACUAAUCGAAAGCGAACCAACAGGUAAAGGAUGUAGGGGUUGAAAAUUUUCAUUCUUACGCUUGUUCUCGAUUUAAAGCAAUACUUAUGAUUUAUUUUUAGCUUACGCGUGUUAUGUUGAAACGUGAGCAAUGCCUCGGUGUUGUCCUCCAUCACUCCAGCUCCGUUAGUGCGAAAAUAAAAUUACCCUGACGCAGGUAACCUCCAUCGCGGUCAAACGUCCGAGGAGAUUCUUGUUUUUAAUUAUUUAGUGGGAUUUCAUUUACCAUUAAGUGGAAACAUGAACAACAAGGAUGUGUAAAAUAAUUAGUUUGUCAUUAUUUUUGCAUUUUCCCCAAAUUAAUGAGCACCUUUUCGUUAUAAUUCUUCGCGCCCGAGUGACAUACUGUCGACAGUAUCGAGAAAAACGUUUGAAGCACAACUUCAAAAACUUACAAAAAGUAAAUCAGCGGGUAUUGGCAAAAUAUUAAAAUUUGAACAGUAAAAUUCAGUAACAACCUUGGUUUUGAAGCACUUUGCUUAGCUUUCCCAAAUUUCUGCCGCCUGACCGCGGCGAAGACCUAACUACAGUAGUGCUCAUGCCCCAGACCGGGCAGCUGUAAGCCGAUAGCCUUAACUGCUUUGCCGGAUCGGUAUACUAUCGGUCUCUCUAACGCUAGGCAGAAGGGAAAAGGCAGAAGUCAAAUUGCAAAUUUCGUGACAUUUUACAAAGCAAGCUUUUAAUGCAUUUUAAAGAUUGAAAGAGUUAACAAAGGGAUGUUUCCUCAGACUUGAAAGAAAUUAAAAGACAACUCCAGAGAAGAGCUCGAUAUUUUAAUUUCCUUUAUUAUUCCACAAGUAAUAACAGCUGGCAAUGGGGCAUGUGAUGUACGGUAUAGAUCACACAUCCCUAAACAUCUUGAUUCGUGGGUUAACGUUAGCGAAGGGCUAGCGUAUAAAAAGUGAGCUUGGAAUGCUACUUGAGGUAGCCAUUGUUUUAGGAGCCUUGCUCUGGGAUAUUUUUCCUUCAGCACCACACAGUAACGGUUUACUAACGACGACCGAGCUUUUUUAUUUUUUUGCUGGACCAGAGCACUUUGCUGUUGUUUUAGGUGAGCCCCGUUUAAGUCCUGGAGUCUUUGGUAUUGUGGAGACAGUUGACGUCAAAAAAGCUGGUAAGCAGUACAUAAGUGCAUUGAGAGACCUUUUCUGCACGUCAGAGAACGAAGGCUUGGGCUGAUAAAAUAUGGUCUUCUGUACGAAACUUUCCACCCAAGCGUCCACCUCGUAAAAUUGCGUGUGCUUCCUGGAUUACAAUAAGGAGUGGGUCUAUUGGUGGACUUGAAAGACUAUCAAAUCUUUCAAGGACGCAUACUGUUGAGGCACAACAAUGUCUUUUUACCAAAGUUUACUUUACGGAAAGGUGUUGACUGUGAACAGUCUACCCAAAGUUAAAUAGUUUACUGAUGUCCAGGAAACUACUGCCUAUCUGUUAAAUGGCAAUCAAGAACCACGUUUCUCGUAUGUCUCUGUGGAAACGCCAGAAGUGUUUUCUCCAUAUAGUUUUUUUGGACAUUAUCUGUUUCGAUGAAACAAUGAAUAUAUUAUUAACAUUCUUUCUUAGGAACUGCGGGUUAGUUAUAGAUGCAAGAUAUUCAUUAUUUCCUCAGUCAUCCUUUCAUGGGUUUAUAACGAACCAACUCAAUGACCUGCUCCCUUUGUUAGCUCAAUUUGCAGAGCGCUGCACUGGUAUCACACUGGUCAAGGGUCCGACUCCCGCACAAUCCUGCACUUUUUCACUUUUUCCGCAGUCGCAACUGCAAUAGUUGUGUCUAUACCUGGUAUGAUCUUCUUUCAUUUAAUUAUCUGUUUCAUUCGUCAGCUUCAGAUGUUUGUGGUAAGUUCAGGCUCACCUUGAACAUCAGAACUGCUUCAACAUUUCGACCAAAGCGAGGAAGCUACCUGGAGGUGAAAUUUGUGGCGUCGUUAUUGACAGCACUACGAUCGUGGCGUGGUAUGAUGUAUCUUAGCAAGAGCCCCUUAGCUCGUGACAUCCUGAAACCGCGCAAAGCAGAAUAUUUUUGUACGAGUCAUCAUCAAUACCCGGCGCCCGAAUCCGAGGUACUAUAAGCAUUACGUUACUGCUGUAUUUGUAAAUUUGAGUUUUCGUUUGAAAAGCAACUGAUUUCGAAUUUCAUAUCGUAAUAGUGGAAGACAAAAUUUUAAAAAAGUUCUGUCCUAAACUACCGCUGAUGAGGUUUUAUUCCUAUCAUUGUUACACCAAAUAAUUUUGUUCAGGUCGCAAACUCUGUUAUCACAGCUCCAGGGUAUAGUAGUCAAGCCGCAAGGAUGAGACCAGGCUUCUUUAGUCCAGCUCCACGCUGUUAAUGCCAUAGCCGUUAGCUGAAGGGUGACUACAAAAGACUUUGCAUGUGACAAAACAUUUUUUUAUGAAAUUACGUAUAAAGUUUUCUCUAAGAUGGAUAUAUACGAUAUUGCAGCCAAAAUAAUCUUUAUGUUGCCCGUGAUUUCAUUUUUAGGAGUACAAUGAAUUCCAGGCAAAGGCCAUCUCCAUUGCAUCAAAUGCUGCGCACAUGGCAUUCCCGAUUCCACGGAUUUGCAUGUUACAGGGUCCUCCAGGGACUGGCAAAUCACACACCAUUGUUGGCAUUAUCAAGGAGAUCUUAAAUGUAAGUCCUAGAUCCUCUUCAUUAGGCUGAGAAAACAGCUGACAUAUGGCGACGCCACCACUGGUUUCCUGGCGGAAUGACGUGAGAGGAACGACGGCAGAAAAAAAUUACAUAAUGAUGACGUAUCACUACCCAGAUCUGGGUAGUGCUUCUGAUUGGAUGAAGCAAAUUUUAAACCAAUCAAAAGCACUAACCAGAUUUGGGCAGUUACAAAUGUCGUCUGUUUUCUUAUCAGGCUACCUCUUUAUAUGAACCUGAUCGAUUGACUAGGUUAGCCAACCGGCUGGCCCGGUUUCUCCUGUGAACACCUUUAAAAUUUCUGUUAUAAGUGAAAUAGCAACGAGGUGAUACCUUGACACUCGAGUCUGGUUGACCGGGGUAGUGUGAAGAGGCCCUGAAAGUGUUUGAGUGUGCUACCUGUGGUAGAAAAAUAUCAUAGUAUAUGAUCACCAACGAAAGAUCAAGGCUGUGGAAAGUUGAUAAAAGGUACUAAACGUGACAAAUGAAGGUGUUUGAUGCAUUCAAGAGCUUGUUACUUUUAGUAAAAAGGUGGCUAUGCUUUUUGCCUUUCAAUUUACCGAUGAACUUGACACAUUAGUGAUUGCAAUAUGUUCAGUUUUAUCUAGCAGAAAAAAAUUGUCCAAGUAAAUAGUUGAAUACAACUAUCAUUUUUCUUAAAUUAAUCAAUAGCGGCCACAGGAAAAUCACCAACCUACAGCCUCGGGUCCGUUUGUCGGACAUCAAGCAAGCAAAGUGCGAAUUUUGUUGUGUGCACCGUCUAACGUUGCCAUAGAUGCAUUAAUUGGCCAUAUCGAAGCGGCAAGAAUUCAUCUAAACAAUGAAAAUAGAAGAGGUUGCAGGCAAGGUCAGUUUAAGUAAGGUUAGUUUAAAGUGUUGUGAAGUAUUUUGUAGGUUGUUUUCAGUUUAUUGAAGUUUCACUCGUGCCUAGAUUCUCGGUAUGAUUAGGUUUCUAGAUCAAGGUUAAUCUGUAUUUGUAUCGACAGGUUUUUUAAUUCCAUUGACGUUUUAAGGAGGUUUUCAACAUAAGUCUCAGUCCUUGAAGUGGACACGUUUUGUGAUUAUAGCUACCCUUGAUUGUUAUCUACCGCGUUGGUUUAGCAUUUAAGCUUACAUUGGUUUUCAUGUAGUUGACACUAUUAACCUUAUAAGUUUGCUUAUUCCACUUUUGUUAUCUACAGGAAAUACGUUAAAAAGUGCGUUCGUAUCCCUCAUGGUCAGCAAGCCUGAACGUACCAACACUUAAGUAAUUUAAUUGGCCAAUAUUUGACACAGCUAGUAGUUGAGCUGCAGUAGUUGAGUUGAUGCUGUAGAAAAAAACAUAUGAACUACUCUAAAGAAUAAAGAACGGCAAGAUUUAAACCAGCUUCCUGGUACCUCUUUGCUAAACGAGCGAGUUGCUCGAACACCCCUAUGUAUUUGGCGUUCUUGCGAGAUUUACCAGGAUCGUUGCCCGGGUUCUCCACCAAAAUAUAUCGGGUUGUCCGAGCAACUCCCUCGUUUAGUAAAGAGGUAAUAGGAAUCUGGUUUACUUCUUGGCGAUCUUUACCAAUACGGAUUAACUGUGAUCUAGAAACCUAAUCAUAACAAGACUCUAGGCACGAGUGAAACUUCAAGUACAAACAUGAAGUAAACUAAAACAACCUACAAAACACUUCACAACAUUAGUAAACAGAGCCACGUUUAAUUCUCAACGGAAGCUUGGCAGUGCCAAACGUUUAAUUGAUAAAACCGCUUAGGUUGUCUAUUUAACUGCGACGAUCAUAUCCACUUUCAUAAAUUCAUCUGAGGAUAAAGUUUCGAGCAAAAUUCGGAAUCUUGCGUCCACAUCUGUCAAUAUAGUUACUUGUGCACUUGUCUACGACGCACGCGAAAAUUGUUGAUACUGGUCGCUGGCGCCUCCCGCCGAUUAACGCCUUUAAGUUGGUGCAAACAGGCGACAGCUUACGUCGUCCAAUCCAUCAUCAAUGCAAAGGGUAAGUGUGUGCGACCGAAUGUCAUGCAGUGUCCUCAUUCACGACCCUUUCGGUCCAAAGGAAUUCAACCGAAAUGAUGUUGGUUUUCCCUCAAGACACAUAAUGCUCAAUGAUAUUUUCGUUGCUCUGUCUUAACAUGGGCUUGUCACCCCAGUUUAAUAAAGUCUAUCUUCAGAUCCGUUUGACAAGGGAAGCGAUUUGAGGUAUGCUUAAUAUGUAAUGAUUUUUAUAUUUUUUCUCCCUUAAUAAGCACUCUCAAACAAUUGCGGCGAUUUGUUUCUGGUACGAGUUGGCCGUAAACACGAGAUCCUGCCAUCAGUCCUCAAGUUUGGUUUGGAUUGCCUGACAAAGCAGGUGCUGGACAAGGAACUUGUUUCGGCGACAGCAGGACGACUUGCCAAGAAUUCUUCCCACGAUUAUUAUCAUAACAAGGUAUUCUAUUUUUCUUAGUUGGUUAACAUGUAACUUUUAAGACUUGGUUAAGCACCACUGGACACAUUUGGUUAUUCAGUUGAUGACCACUCUAAAGUUUUGAUUGAGCAAAAAUUUGUGCCCCUUAGCACAAGAAUUUGCAAAUUGAAAAGGAGGCACUCAGAGAGAAAUUGCGAGAGGAGAACGCCAAGCAAACAAGAAUCAGAAGGGAAAUUUUGGAUUCUGCAGACAUCAUAUGUACCACGCUCAGUGGGGCAGGGAGUGAAAGCUUGAAGAAUGACUUGCAGUCGGACAGAAGGUUAGUUUCGUGUCUUGCUUAUGUUAAGGAAUCAUUGUUAUUUGUGUUCACUAAUAUUGUUUUCUCUUGGUUUGUAGGCGUAUCUGCUCUUUCAGUUGUGUUAUUGUUGACGAGGUAAGACCACUGAACCAAUUGUAAAUGUAGUGUCUUGUUCUCGCAGUUGUGCGCUUAAACAUAUUUAACAAUUAUUCCACCAGUGCGCGUUGGCUAUGGGCGUGUUCCUUGCAGCGAAUCCAAAAACGGAUUUUUGAUCCUAGAUUUGCCGAUUUCGCGGUUGGAAGGGAACGCGAAAUCCGAAAUUGGAUUUGUAACCUUGGUAACCUUUCGCAAACGCGUGAAAGAAAUGACGUGUCUAAUCUCUCACUCCGCGGUUGUAAAUUACUAGAGUACGUAAACAACCGUCAGGAGCCGAUGACCGGCUCCUGCAUUGCAUCGAUACAAUGAACAACGCACCAGUAUAAAGCGUUCCUUCCUUACAUCUCCGGGGUAUCCUUACCUAAAGGAUUUUGGCGUAGGCUCGAAUACCAGCCGCUGUUCGGGAAAUAUGAACGUACUCCUCCCUCGAACAGACGCGUCUCUUUUCGGAGUUGACCGAGAGAGCGGCGGAAAUCGAGGCAAGUUCUGGUAAUAAUUUCUUAAUAAAGACUUUGUUGUAAAUAUCUCAUUGUCAGGCGUGUCAUACUACUGAACUGGAUUUGCUCAUCCCUCUUCAAUAUAUGGCAUCUAAACUAGUGCUGGUCGGAGAUCCUACACAGUUGCCGCCCACAGUACUGUCAACGGUACGGGAAAGCACUUUUAUUUUAUUUUUUUUAUUUUAUUAGUUUGCCACACACAAUGAAUUACAACCGGAAUAAAAAUGAUAAUAAAUAGGUUAAUUAACAUUAAAUUUAAAGUCUGUACAUUACUUGGGAGGAGUGACUGUGGCGAGGAAAUCUCCGAGAAGCCGAGCUUAUGAGGAACAGAGAUUUCGCCCCACGGGCAAUUUAAAUACUAGGCGGUAUUUUAAGAAAUAAAGAAAAAAGUCGUUUAUUUGAGUAUAUAAGUGUGUUGAGAGGAAAAUAUAGGUGUUAAGGUAUUUAGGUUGCAUUCUGUCUGACCCUUAAAAAUGGUUUGAUCACACGCUUGAAUAUACUAAAAGACGGGGCAUUUUUGAUGUCGUUCGGUAAUGAAUUCCAUAUUCUAGGACCUUGAAACAGGAUCGAAAAUUUUUUAAUAUUUGUUCUACAGGUAUGAGGUCGGUAAAAGUCAGAGUAUCUUGUUGACUUGUUGACUUUUAGGCCUCGAUUACAAGUAUCUGGAUAUUUUGGAACACUGAGAUGUUUUUCCUUCGUUGUUGAAAAAAAAAGACCCGACCACAUAUAGCGUAUCGCCCUUCCACACGAAAAGGUUAAAACAAUGGAAAUACGCUAGCACCCCUUACAGGGCAUGCGCUGUAUGAUGUAUGACAUCCUAGUAUUCGAAGCCUCCAUUUACGUCCGUCCAUACGAAAAUGGUAAGCCAGCGUUUUCAUAAAACCUCACUCAGAGGACCGUUUUCGAAAAGCUGCAUUUUUGGUGCCAGAAAACGCCGUUUACGUGUGAACGGAAGGCUAAAUCGGAGAAAAUAAUCUCUGUUUUCAAAAAUAUCCGGAUACGUGUGGACCGAGGCUUAGCUUUAAGUAAAAGUGCAAAGUUAGCGUGAAAUCAAUUCGCGUUGAGUUACGUUUCGUAGUCAGCUCUACCUCUAAUAAUUUGCUUUUUUAUGAAUAAUCUUAGAAAGUGAAGGAAAACCUAUUUGGACGUUCCAUGUUUGAACGACUCGAUGCACACUUCCGAGAUCAAGGUUAGUUCAAUCCAGAUUCUAGGUGUCUUGUGACAAGGACUUUCACAACCUCUUUCCCAGGGCCCUUUCCCCUCGCUUCAGGGGACGAGUGGGAGAGGACCCUGGGAACGAGGUUGGGACUUACAAAGCACGUAACCAAGUAUCCAUGACACUCAUUACUACCGCCCCACUGGCCACCCAUAGUUCAGCGGUAAAACAAUUUAAUUACCUAUUGUUGUUGGGUACUCCGCCGAAUUUACCUAGCUUUUUAACAGUACAAAAACAACCAAAUCAAUCCCGGAUUGUUUGUUAAACGCCAAGUUGCGGUUUAUUGCAUAUUUCUUAUUACGCUCGUUGAGAAGCCGUAAGAAACGUUCUUGUUAUUUAGCUAUGUAUAAACGGACACCUCUAUUAGACGAACACCUAGGUAAAACGGACACCUAGAGUUGGUCCCUUCUUUUCUUUACUCCCUUUAUGUAACCCUUUCACUGCCAAAUGUAGCCAAAGGUAAAUUUUGACCAAGUUUGCAAAUUUCGUUUUGUAAUAUUUUGAAAAACAAAUAGCAGAAUGUGACAGUACAGACAGAGAGCUUUCAUUUGAAUGGUCACAUCAGAGGAUUUCAUCCACAGACUCAAAAGUUAGCGUCAUCUUACAAAACUCCACCAAGCACUCUGGCAGUGAAAGGGUUAAUUCUCUAAAAGACGGACAUCUCUUUAUGGCCGGUCUGAAAGGAGUCCGUCUUAGAGAGUGUCAACUGUGGUUACGUUUCUGUUGUCCAGUAUAGAAACAUAUAAGUGACGAUGCCGGCGUCAUCAGCUGGUUAAUGCUAUUAAAAUACUGAAAAUUCUUCAUUAGUUAGUUUCAUUAGUUCUUCAUUAUCAAUUCUUCAUUUCUUCAUGUUCUUUAUUAGACUGGGAGAAUACGGUAAUUAUGCUAGGGGAGCAAUACCGCAUGCAUCCAGAAAUUGCUCGCUUUCCCUCUGUGCACUUUUAUAACUCACGCCUGAAAAGCCACAGGUAACUAAAGAUACCUUACCACUCUUUUUGUGUUUGAUCGCGAACUUUUCAAGCUUGUUCUAUUAUUUGCUGUUAAAAUUUUUUGAGGAAGGACUUGGCUAAAGAAAAUUUUUAUAGAACCUUACGUUAAUAUUACAGCUCAUUGGAGACGAGGACAUUUCCACUUGACAAACACUACGCCCUUUUUGACGUCCAUCGUGGAGAAGAAACAGGCCUGGAAAAAGGGUAUGGUUAUAAAGUUAAUAUUUUGUCUUAAGAAUGGCAUUUGCUUUAAAUUCCCACUUUGAGUCUAUCGAGUGUCGUGUUGAUGCCUUGCAAAGUUAAAUUUUGCGUACUACGAUCAGCAUUGCUGUCAUAUUGUUUAUGCCUUGGACACCAAUCUGGUAAUGCUCGGUCAUUACAAGAAAAUAAUGCCCGCUUAGCAGCCAAUCAGAAGAGGAAACAGGCCUGGAAAAAGGGUAUGGUUAUAAAGUUGAUAUUUUGUUUUUAGAAUAGUAUUUGCUUUAAAUUUCCAUUUUGAGUCUAUCGAGUUUAUCUCAACGACUGUUUCUGUAGCCGUGCCUAUGUCCUUUUCGGACGUCCAAAUCGACAUUUAAGCGUCAAUUAUUGUUCUUUUACAAUUUUUUGUUCGGCAAUUAUGAGUUAAAAAUAAGAAAGAACGAAGUACAUAUGUUUUCGUUUUUGAAGGGAAUUAUGGAAUCCGUUUGAGGCAGAUAUGAUUGCUGAUUUGUGCGGUCACUUAGUCAAGGUCCUCGACGCAGAGUCUAUCGGAGUAAUCACUCCUUACCGUAAGCAGAGAAGCGAAAUCCAGAAACGUCUUUUAAUGAGGUUAGUUUCCUGGACCUUGUUUAGACCAAGGUGAACUUUUUUCUACACAGUUAGUUUGGACGAUUCAUGGUAAAAUAGACUAUUACUGCUACCGUAAAUGAUACAAUAGACGCCUGCAUGCGGCGUUUAAUUUUAGCCGGUUCCAAGAGGGGGCGUUUGAUAGAUUUGAGGCGUUUAAAAAAGAAAGAUAACUGUAGCAAGCUCAACAAAACCAAUAUGCUUUCGGAGAAAAUAUCAGUACAGUUUAUACACAGCAAAAAUUCCAGCCCAUCCAUUGAUACGUCUAGGCCGUCCAGAGAUCGGCAUAUUGCUCUUUGAAAUCUCAACUUCGAUCUCAAAGUCCUCAUUCAGAGUCAUUGUGCUUUGAUCGUUAGCCUAUCCCUUCUUUGAACUUGACAUUGAAUUGAAUUGUUUUGCUCCUGUUUUCUAUUUCCUAGUACUUUGUAGAAAAAGUCAUUGGGGCGUCUAUUAGACAGGGGGCGUUUUAUAUUAGAGAGGGGCGUCUAAUUCAAACUUAAAAGCUAAUUCGGCUGCCGCUACUGCUACUACUACGACUACAGCUACAAGUCUUUCUUCUACCAAAUCAUCUCCGUCUUAUUCUCUUAUAUUCCUACUGUGUCGUACUUAGACGCCCUUUAACUGACCGUGGUAGUAGAGCUAAUAGUUUUUCCGGUUUUUACAGAGGUUUGUGCAAGAGCGAUGAUGCUACAAGUGUUAGUAUCGAAGUGGACAAAGUUGAUGGUUUUCAGGUAUUUAGUUUUGUGUAAUAAGGUUCAGUUCACUGUGAAGUUGAGGUAUUGUUAUUCAAGCCGAUGUUGUUGUUUUCCUAGGGGAGAGAGAAAGAAGUCAUUAUUUUGAGCUGUGUUCGUACAAAGAAUUAUCAUGGCUCUAUCGGGUAAGAGAUCAGUUUCUGAAACUAAAGAACAAAUGGUUAAGUUAUCUCUUGUCUUGUCAAGUUUAUUUCACCAGGUUAAGCUAGAUAUAAAACCCAUAAUAGGUUAUUUUUUUAUCUAAGAAGGUCAAAUAUUUACUCACAAUUUUCAAUGAACACACGCACAUUAGUUCAGUGGGCGUAGACUACAACUGCGGGGGAAAUUGCCACAAAAACAUUACGUUUUUCAAUAAGUCGUGUUCACUGAACCAAAACGAACCUGGUGAUGCGAUAGAAACUACAAGGCACAGUUUCUUUGACAACAAGAAAUUUUGGACCUGAGCCUGCGAUAAACUAAAACCGAAAACUGGUCAGCGGCUAACUUAAAGAAAACACGUCACCUCAAUGAGUUGUACACUUGAGCCCGCGAUACACUCACGUGACACUGGUCAACGGAAACCGUUUUUGACAGCUAUCAAUUGACCAUAACAUGAAUAUCCACUAUAACAUACAAAGGACUGCAAAGGAACGCGAACGAAUAUGCCGCAGAACAUAGGAUCUAUUAAGAACUGAUCAGCUAAAAUAAGAAGUAGACAUUAAAUUCUGCAAGCAGAAUACUGCACAGUACUACAUGAAAAUUAACUUUGCAAGACAUCAACACGGCACCGAAAGAACCCAAAACAGAGGGGGGAUGUAGCAGGUUGUUACAGCUGUUACGGCUGUCUAUGGCUACAACCCCGUUCUGUUUUGGGUUCUUUCAGCGUCUUGUUGAUGUUCAGCAAAGUUAAAAUUCACGUAGUACGAUCAGCAUUGCUGUCAUAUUGUAUAUUCCUUGGUCACCAAGCUGGUAGUGCUCGGUCAUUAUAAGAAAAUCUUGCCCGCUUAGCAGCCAAUCAGAGCGCACGUACCGUUGUAGCUAUAUAAUAAGAGUUCUUAUUGGUUCCUCUUUUUUGUUCAGUAUUAGCUUUGUUGCUGAAAAACGGCGAAUGCAUGUCGCCCUCACAAGGGCUCGACAGUCUCUGUACGUUUUUGGACACAUGGAAACACUUAAGGUAAUAGGUUAUUUUUUGAGGACUAAUGACUUAAAUUGCAGGUUGUCGUUAAGUAAUACGUCAUGGUACGAUUGAAUUUAGAGCGAUUUUCGUGUGACCUUGAAAUGAAACCGCGCGAACAAAACAGAAACAACAAACGAACGGAAAUAGAGCGAUUUGAUUGCUUUAUCGAACGGAUACAAACGCGCGUGGCUUUUGGUUGGUUAAGUGAACGCUCGGGUGAAAAAAAACUUCAUGCCCGAGAACAUUCUAGAAAUCAACCGAUACUUCGCUUUGACGUCAUACUGCAACACGAUUGGCUAAUCGAACAAUGCCUUCUCCAUAUUAGGGUUUCGAAGAGGCCAUGUUUUGAUCUUUUCAUCCAUUGGCUUAUAAAACAAAUAACGAACACUUACCAAACCAUUUUUCAAGGUCAUACGAAAAUCGCUCUAAAUGAUGUGGGCUCAUAAAAAAUAUCUUUUGAAACAACAUGGCGGUAGCAGUAAUAUAUUUGUCCAAGAAAGACCCGAGUUCAAUCUAACUACCAUCGAGUUUGUUUUCACUGUGAAAAGCAAAGAUAUAUAAAAGGAAAUUGUAAAAGAUGUCAGUCUGUAAUCGAAACAUAUCCUGAUGUUACGUUCUUCUGAGGAUCUUUUGCAGAGUUUUGAAAAAGAAUGAGCAAUUUGCGUACAACAUUCACAUAGAAAGGGUGAAAUUUUAGGAAUAUCUUCCAACUUUUUGCAGCUAAAUCAUUAUUGUAGUGGGCGGAAGACUCAUGGAUACUUGGAGAUGUGAAAGACGUCUAUUCUUGCUCAUCUCAGUCGAUAGGAAAGAAGUACAAAAGUUUUAUAUGUCUGACCCCUCACGCACGGUUUUUGUUUAUUAACAACGUCAGUCCCCCUCUUAAUUCAUUAUGACUAGUAGAUUGUAUUGUUGUUCAUAGGGUGUUUCCGAGGAAUGGAGAGCGUUGAUUGAGGACGCGCAUCAAAGAAGUUGUUGCUAUCCGGUUGCUUCUUCGGAGGAUGUACAGUCCGUUACCUCUUUAAGGAAUGAUAGACGGUCACCGGCGAAAGACCCUCGAUUACAUAACAAAAUCGUUCCGCGAUGCCAGAGCAGUAACCGCAACGUAACUGAUACAAAUCGUCGCUUGCAUCGAGAGAAUAUGUCAGAAAAUCAAAGAGCAAGUCCAGCUUUAAAGAAUGAAGGACACCUGCUGAUAACCAUCGCGUCUUCGGAGGGUGAGCAGACCGUACGUUCCAUCACUGUAACACCUGGGAAUGAUAGACGCUCUCCUGUUAGAGACCAUCGAUUAGAGGACAGAGAGGACACAAUAGCUUCGAGUUUACGGUGGGAUGACACUGACGUUCCUGAAACACGUCGUCCCUCGCAUCGAAUUAACAUGUCAGAAGAUCAAACAGCAAGCCUAGCCUUAUCGAGUCAAAAACAAAUGUUGAUAACCGUUGAGUCGUCCUUGGAGGAUACACAACCCGUACGCCGUUCCAUCACUGCAAAGAAUGAUAGACACUCGCCUUUCAGAGACCAUCGAUUAGAGCGUAAGAAUGUUGCUUCGACAAGACGGCUGAGUGACACUAACACUCCCGAAACGCGUCGUCCCCCGUAUCAAGUUAACAUGUCAGAAGAUCAAGCAGUAACUUCAACUCUUCGCAAAGAACACGAUGGGAAUGAACGUGUGUCUCGCUAUCAGGAUCGUUCUCGUUCUUCGCGUUCCAGAGAUCGAUCCCGUCGUUCACGCUCCAGGGAUCGUGCAUUCGGCAAGGGACGAUCCUCUUGGCACAGGGAUUAUGAUGCCAAUGAAGGCAGAUCGCACCACAGAAAAGACAAUGAGAAACAAAGUCGUUCAAGCCGCCGGGAUCAGUAUGAGGAGGAAGGCAGAGGUGGAGGCGGGUUUUCUAGGCACAAAGAACGUCAUGAAAAACGAAGUUCUUCACCUCACAAAGAUCGUCGAAAAGGCAAAGAAGGUGGGGCCUCAAGGUACCGUAGUUAUGAUCGAAGGGACGAUAGUUUAACACAGAAACAAAUAUACGAGAAAGAUAGUAACUUGCGAAAUAGAGAUUACAGCGCAAAAGGAAGCUCCAGCCACGCAGGUCGUCAUCAUGAAAUAGAAGGUAACUCGAGGCAUGGAUAUGAUCAUGGGAAGAACAAGGAAAUUUGUGCUGCUACUAAUGCAUAUAGUGACGAUGAUCAUGAGAGAAGCAAGGAAAGUAGGUCAAAGGGGGAAAGCUACGGUGCAAGGAAAUUUAAGAGAUAUCAUUCCGACGGAAUAAUCGGUAGACCACAUCGCAGGACCCAAUCACCAACUACAAAGAGGCAAAUACUUGGAAAUGCCCUAAGGGACUGUGGUGAAGAAUACAAACACCAGGAAGAGCAAAUGGAGAGAGACGAAAGCACCAAAAGACGUAGAUUUGAUGAACCUUCCAUUAGUCCUCAUUCUACAGCUUCGGUCUCAGUUUUAAAGGCUGCCUCUUCCUUUGAAGAAAGUGGAGUAGAUUGCAACCGGUAUUCGUUUCAGUUGGGUUCCAGAGAAAUUCGAAGAAGUCCUAGAGCGUGUGAUGCCAUUUCUGCUGGUACCAUUUCUUCAAACAGUGCAGGUACAGAAAUGGGAACACAAGACUAUGCGUUGGCUUCUGUCAUAGAAAAACUUCGGUAUUAUGCCCCUAGGUAUUUUGGACAGCACCAACGGCUCGAAGGGGCUCAAUCUGGACGGUCAACAACUGAAGCAACUACAUCAAAUUCCCCUGAUAGAUUAUUACCGCCGACGUCAUCUUCUAAAACUAGAGAGACGAUCGCCCUGACUCAUUCACGCAGCCCACUUUCCGAAACUUCCGAAACCACUGCCCUAAAUGGCUCAUCGAGGUCAGCUACUGAAGCUAGAGCCAGUACAUGUAUGACAUCAGCGGGCCCAUUUAAGAGAGAAGGUGCAAUCAUUGUGCCCGCUGGUGUAUCAGGGUCGCGUACGCAAACUGUGCAAGCAGACAUCACAACUUCUGGUUUUUCGAGGUCAUCCCUUGAAAGGGUCGCAAACAAAGCUACAGGCGUUUGCAGCUUUUCAGGCUCAGAUAGGGAAGGAAUAGCGAUGGCUGGUUUACAAAAGUCAUCUUCUGAGACUGCUACAAAUACUGCCCAAGUUAAUCCACCAAGGUCUCUUCCUUACAUAGCUGAAGCCAUUAAAUCAGAUUGUAAGAAUACGGCCGAUACAGUGCAGUCGACAUACCAACAUCCUCCAAAGUCUUUUUCUACUGUUAUUUCAGGCCAAUCUGUUGCAACCGCGGUCCCAGUUUUGUCCAACACAAGACUCUGUGACCCCGAACAUCCGUCUGGUCGCAGUGCCAAAAAUGAUGAGUUAGAUCCAAGUGCCCAAAAGGCGGCGAACAUUGUUAGGCAGCGGCAUCCUCCUCCUGCGCCUAUUCCUAUAAUCCAAGCGGUAGGUCCCCGUAGGAGAGUGUCUCGUGUCAACUCAAACGAUGCUGGCGUUAAUAUAUUGAGAGAAAGGGCCAGCGAAACGGCAACUGUACAGAAAAGAAAAGACGACAAUGUUACUUCACCAAAUAAAAUUGAUAAGAAAAAGCUGUGUGAAGGCUUUAGGGGCAGAAAGAGUUGGAACUAAUGGAUAUCACUAGAACCUCGCCAGUUUGAAUCAAGGACACCCUCGUGGUCUCAGACCUCGAUCAAGGGUUCCGCGCGGCCUCCACUAAAACUCUACGUCCUAUGAUUAGAUGAUCUCGUUAUGACGGGUUGCCCACCAUAAAAAGAUAGGAAACAAUGAAUCUUGAUGGAUUCGUAUUAGCCUUCUGUAUACAAGGAGACAAGAGAUAAGAGAUAUGUUAACUGACAAAAAUACCAUACCAGAAGAUCGAAUCUUUUCAAUAAGGAGUGUCAAGGCAUACACUCUUUUUUGGGUGUGAAGUAAGAACGACAAUGAACCAGUGCAACGUAACAGCUACCGACCAGAUGACUGAUGGUGCUAUUUCAAUAAGCAAAAAUUUCCAUCGAUUUCAAUUCCACAGUAAUCAGUUAACAGGGGCUUCCACCGACGGUUUCCUCCUAGAUACUGUUUACAUUGAAACACUCAUUUUAGCCGCCAAUCCGAGUGGAAUAAUUUAGCUGAUAAGAUGAAAGCUUCAAGAGUCGCCCUCUAUAUUUAAGAGAAACAGCAACAAAUGUCAUUGUCAUCUGCAUUUGACCUGCAGCUGUGUCCUCUGUAAAUAGAAUGUUUAUUAUUUUAUUUUUAUUCUGAGUAGUUUAUUUUAAGUAUUCUCCG